UCCCAAAGUGUGAAAAUAUAUUCAAAAACUAGAAGAAAAAUAAACAAAUUAAUUAUGUUUGGGACUUAAAGAAAAUAAGAAAAUAAAAUAUCUCCACCGCUAUUCAGUAAAGUCUUCCGUCACCAUUGUUGUCAUCUUCCUCGCUUUGUCUCUCGUGAUUCUCUUUCGAGGAAGGAGACACGAUACACCGAUUCAUCAGCUUCCCCGUGCCAUUUCCUCUUUUCAGCAAUCUUCCUAGAAUCCACUUUAAGAUUCCUUAGAUUCACUAACAACCAUCCCUCUGCAUGCGUUUCGUUUCUUAAAACCUAACUCUUUGCAAAUGGAGACUUUGGAUUCUGGAGGCGUCACUAUGCCGACGGAGAACGGUGGUGCCGAUCUCGAUACGCUUCGUCACCGGAAACCGAGAUCGGAUUCCUCCAACGGACUUCUUCCUGAUUCCGUAACUGUUUCCGAUGCUGACGUGAGGGAUCGGGUUGAUUCAGCUGUUGAGGAUACUCAAGGAAAAGCCAAUUUGGCCGGAGAAAACGAAAUUAGGGAAUCCGGUGGAGGCGGCGGAGAAGCGGGGGGAAACGUGGAUGUAAGGUACACGUAUCGGCCGUCGGUUCCAGCUCAUCGGAGGGUGAGGGAGAGUCCACUCAGCUCUGACGCCAUCUUCAAACAGAGCCAUGCUGGACUGUUCAACCUGUGUGUAGUAGUUCUUGUUGCUGUAAACAGUAGACUCAUCAUCGAAAAUCUCAUGAAGUACGGUUGGUUGAUCAGAACUGAUUUCUGGUUUAGUUCAACGUCGCUGCGAGAUUGGCCGCUUUUCAUGUGUUGUCUCUCCCUUUCAAUCUUUCCUUUGGCGGCCUUUACCGUCGAGAAAUUAGUACUUCAGAAAUGCAUAUCUGAACCUGUUGUCAUCUUUCUUCAUGUUAUUAUCACCAUGACCGAGGUCUUGUAUCCAGUCUAUGUCACUCUAAGGUGUGAUUCCGCCUUCUUAUCAGGUGUCACGUUGAUGCUCCUCACUUGCAUUGUGUGGCUGAAGUUGGUUUCUUACGCUCAUACUAACUAUGACAUAAGAACCCUAGCUAAUUCAUCUGAUAAGGCCAAUCCUGAAGUCUCCUACUAUGUUAGCUUGAAGAGCUUGGCGUAUUUCAUGCUUGCUCCCACAUUGUGUUAUCAGCCGAGCUAUCCACGUUCUCCUUGUAUCCGGAAGGGUUGGGUGGCUCGUCAAUUUGCAAAGCUGAUCAUAUUCACUGGAUUCAUGGGAUUUAUAAUAGAGCAAUAUAUAAAUCCUAUUGUUAGGAACUCAAAACAUCCUUUGAAAGGGGAUCUCUUAUACGGUAUUGAAAGAGUGUUGAAGCUUUCAGUUCCAAAUUUAUACGUGUGGCUCUGCAUGUUCUACUGCUUCUUCCACCUUUGGUUAAACAUAUUGGCAGAGCUCCUCUGCUUCGGGGAUCGUGAAUUCUACAAAGAUUGGUGGAAUGCAAAAAGCGUGGGAGAUUAUUGGAGAAUGUGGAAUAUGCCUGUUCAUAAAUGGAUGGUUCGACAUGUAUACUUUCCGUGCCUUCGCAGAAAUAUACCGAAAGUACCCGCUAUUAUCCUUGCUUUCUUAGUCUCUGCAGUCUUUCAUGAGUUAUGCAUCGCAGUUCCUUGUCGUCUCUUCAAACUAUGGGCUUUCUUGGGGAUUAUGUUUCAGGUGCCUUUGGUAUUUAUCACAAACUAUCUACAAGAAAGGUUUGGCUCCAUGGUGGGAAACAUGAUAUUCUGGUUUACCUUCUGCAUUUUCGGACAACCGAUGUGUGUGCUUCUUUAUUAUCACGACUUGAUGAACCGCAAAGGAAAGAUGUCAUAGAUGUGUAUGUUCUGAUACUAAAACAGGGGAAAAUGUGUGUUUUAAUCUUCUUACAAAUUGUCAAUUGAAGAAGGAAAGAAAAAUAAAGUGUGUAUCAGCAAAAGUUUUGGUAGUGUUACACAGACUUAGAAGAGAAAGAAUCAUGUUGAGUUAUGUUUCUCUUUAUCCUCCUUGUCUGUUCACUUGAUCUGCUGCUUCUUAUCUUUAACAAGAAGCCCAUAAAGGAAAGUGGGUUUAGAUGUUGGAUUUUGUUUUUCUGUUUUUGGAAAUUUAGGUUUUUAUUGUUAUA